AUGACAGAAGGUGCAAACAAAGAUCUCGCCAAAACUGAUGCUAACAACCCGGAUCAUAACUCACCAUACUACCUCCACCCUUCUGAUUAUCCGAGGCAGAUGCAUGUUAACGAUGCAUUAACCGACAACAACUACCUUGAUUGGGUCCAAGAGAUGGAAAAUUUCUUGUUCGCCAAGAACAAGAUAGGCUUCGUCGAUGGAACUAUCAAAAGGCCAAAAGCGGGCGAUGCUAGUUAUAUGGCAUGGAUGCGAUGCGACGCGAUGAUUAAAGGGUGGCUUACCACAGCCAUGGAGAAGGAGAUCCGUGGAAGUGUGAAAUACGCCAAUUCAGCAUCGGAAAUCUGGAAGGAUCUUAAAGAACAAUUCGGUAAAGAAAGUGUACCGCGCGCAUAUGAAUUGAAGCAGGCUAUUUCGAACAUCAAACAAGAAGGGAUGAUGGUUUCAGCCUACUACACGAAACUGCGUGGAUUGUGGGAUGAGAUGCAAUCCUUUUUACCUGCUACGAUUUGUAAGUGCAACGGAUGUACUUGUGGCAUUGGAAGAUCACUCACAGAACUCAGGGAAAAAGAGCAACUCUAUGAGUUUCUUUUGGGUCUAGAUGGAGAAUUUUCCAUCAUUAGAACUCAAAUACUUGCCACCAAACCGAUCCCAUCCCUUGGAACUGCUUACCAUCUCGUUGCCGAGGAUGAGCAGCAAAGAACCAUAGCCGGCGGAAAGAAACCGGUGAGUGAAACGAUGGCCUUCCAAGCCUCCAUGAAACGCGGCGGGACACCGAACCGAGUCGGCCAGAAAGACAACAAAGGCGCAACACACUUUAAUCAUUGUGGCAGAGAUGGACAUACACGAGAUGGAUGUUUCAAGAUAGUUGGUUACCCAGAAUGGUGGAACGUGAAAAAUAAACGAGAAAAGGUAAAACCAAAGGCAGCAUGUGCGGAGAUGGAACCGGACUUGAUUGCGAGCCUAACAAAAGAACAGUACAGGCACUUUCAAAAGCAUUUUGUUGCCAAAAGUAAGCCUGCACAGAGUGAGCCUCCACGUACCGCAAACAUGGCUGGUAAGUUCAGACAUAAUGAUAAAUGGAUAGUUGAUUUCGGAUGUACGGAACACAACUCACAGGUCUGA